AUGUCAGGGAAAGAUUCCUCUAAUGCAAAUAGUGCAGAACAAGAUUUGGUAAGAAUGGAAGCCGAUCCUCAAAACUCACACAAAAUUAGUGAGGAAGGUAAUGAAACAAUAAAUCAAGAGGCUGAUGAUGACCAACAAGCUGAAAAUAGAGAAGAUGGAGAUGGAGAAAGUGGACAGCCAGGUAUGGAAGAGGCUGAAGAAGGCAAAAGAGCAAAAAUGUCUAAAGCUUGGGAUGACUUUCGAGAGGUUGUAGUAAAAGGAAAGAGAAAGGCAGAAUCUAUAUUUCCUAUUCCUCCACUACAUUCUGGGAAGUUUGAGAUGGAGAUGAUAAGGGAGGCAGCUGCUAAAUGGGUGUUGAUGCAUGAACACCCAUUUAGCAUUGUAGAGGAAAAGGGAUUCAACUACAUGCAGAAACUAGGGAUGUCGGAGUGGAAAAAAUUUACUCGUAAUACUUGUAGAGUUGAUUGUGUGAAGAUUUAUGAAGCUGAGAAAAAGAUAUUGAAAAAUAAGUUGAAGGAUGUUGAGAAAAUAAGUUUAACCACUGAUUUGUGGAAGUCCAAGAACCAGAAGAUCGAGUAUAUGGUGAUCACAGGGCACUGGAUUGAUUGUUCUUGGAAGCUACAAAAGAGGGUCUUGAACUUUAUCAAUCUUCCUCCACCUCGAAGAGGUAUUGACAUUUCGGACGCUCUAUUCAAAUGUGUCAAAGAGUGGGGCAUCGAGACCAAAAUUUUUACAAUUUCGGUCGACAAUGCCUCAGCUAAUGAUGUGGCUGUCCGGUUACUGAAGGACACGUUUUCGAGGUGUAACCCCUUAGCUUGUGGUGGCAAAAUUUUUCAUGUUCGAUGCUGUGCUCAUGUGCUGAAUUUGAUGGUGCAAGAUGGUCUCGGGGAGAUUCUAGACAUAGUAGAAAAUGUUCGUGACAGUGUUGACUUUGACACGGUGGAACUCUACAUUCGAGAUGUUGAACUGUGCAAUCAAAUUCAAAGAGAUUUUCCAAUGUAUCGAGAACGAGACGCACAGUAUUAUUGCUGUCCAUUCGAAGAAGAUUGGGAGAAAGUUGAAAAAGUAUGCAGCAUUUUAGAGACAUUUUGGGCAACUACAAACAUCAUUUUAGGUAGCGACUAUCCAACUUCAAAUUUGUUUCUUCAAGAAGUUAAGAGAAUAAAGCUAGUUUUGGAUAGUAAGGCUAAUGAUGAUGAUGAUUUCGUAAGAGCAAUGGUGAGAAAGAUGAAAUUCAAAUUUGAUGAGUAUUGGGGAGAAUGUAAUCUAUUAAUGGCUGUGGUUGCUGUCUUAGAUCCUCGACAGAAAAUGACUGCUAUAGAAUAUUGCUUUUCUAAACUUUUUCCACCUAGUGAAGCUCAGCAAAAUAUUGAAAAGGUUAGAAAUGCUGUCUUUGAAUUAUACAAUGAAUAUUUGCAAGCAAAUGAAUUACGUGAGGGUGGAAAUAGAAAGGAUUCUCAGGUUUCUUCAAGUAGUGUUUCUGAAAGUAGUGCUUCUGGUUCGGGUUGGGAUGAUUUUGAUGAGUAUGUGAGGGAAUAUCAAACUGGACCGCCUCAAGAAUCUGAAUUACUCAUCUAUUUGGAAAAGGGUCCAAUUAAGAUUGAUUCAAGUGUGCCGCGACAUGAAUUUGAUUGUUUGAAUUGGUGGAAGAAUAGCAAGCUCACAUUCCCAAUUUUAUCCAAGAUGGCAGCCGAUAUCCUUGCCAUUCCUAUUACCACAGUUACUUCUGAGGCUACAUUUAGCGCUGGAACAUGA